CGACAAUCACUACCACCAGAAGACCAACCUCAUUGCCCCCGACAGCUCCCACACACUCCGUCAUGGCCCAUCCACCUCCAAAAUGGGUCGUUGAUCUCAAUAGAGGGAUCCCCCCCAAAGCCAAGAACGCUGCCAGCAUCCCAGAUCCUCCAGGCUACACCAGUUCCAAGGCCGUAUCAGGAAAGCAGAAAUCACAAGCUCCUGCAAGAAAAGGCCGUACGCCUGAGGAAACACAAACUCUCAAAGUAAAGAAAGCCUGGGAGAUCGCCCUUGGACCAGCAAAACAACUCCCCAUGCAGGCCAUUAUGGGGUACAUGUCUGGCAAUUCGUUACAAAUUUUCUCCAUCAUGAUGGUGUUUAUGCUGUUUAAAAACCCUCUCCAAGCCAUUGCGCAAACCAAUACAGCCUUUGCCAAAUUCGAAAGCGCCGGAACACGCGGCCAGAUGCUGGGCAUUAAAGCGGUCUAUGUCCUGAUGCAAUUCCUCCUUCUGGGCUUGGGAGUCUACAAGGUCAACAGCAUGGGUUUACUCCCGACCACUCGAAGUGACUGGUUGGCAUGGGAAUCAGAAAGACAGCCGCUAGAACGGGCGUACUUCGCAUUUGGUCAAUAAUACCUACAUAAUAUUAUACCCCGACACGGAGCUGUCGUGUAUGAGGAUUGACAUUGGUCUUGGAUUAUUGAGGAUUGGCCCUUUUUGUUGUGCUUUCCAAAUUUCCCAGCCCCUCCAGCUGCGCAAUGCAGGCGAAUUUACGAUUCAGAUAUCAGGCGCAGAACUUGAUUGUCUCUGAAACAUGACCUGUGACAAAG